AUGUCCAAGAAGUCAACAAGAAUUAAAGCAGGUUUAAUAUCAAACAGAACAGCAAAGCUUGCUGCAAACCUUCAUAUUGAUGAAAUAGCAAGAAGUGGUGAAGAUUGGACUGAUGAUGCAAUAAAAAUUGAAGGUACACGAAGAGUAUUAAAUGUUUGUGAAAAAAAUCCAAUUGAUGAACAUCCAUUAAAUUAUGAUGAAUAUAAUCCAUUUAAUAUUUGUGCUGCAUCCAAUGUACCACAUUUAUCAGUAUGA